AUGAAGAACAUUGAAGUCGAGACGGAUGCAGAAGCGGAGUUGAACCCCCCUGCAGUCAUAUAUCGACAGCGCCCCUUACGUCGUGUCCUGCUGAUUGGUGGUUCUUGCAUGGUCUCUAUAGGUGUCAUGUUGACAUCCUUCGCUACGAACAAAGCUUCGAUUGGAAUCUUCCUCUCAGUUAGUGGUUUUGGAAAUUGUUUCGUCCUGACCUCGGCCUCUAUCGCACUGAAUGAACUAGCCGACGAAAAUUUUAACCUCAUCUACAGCAUUUCUAUGAGUGGUUCUGGAGUAGGAACGGUGGCUUUGCCUGUCCUGACCGAAUAUCUCCAUCAGUCUUACGGUUGGAGAGGUGGGUUUCUUAUCGUAGGUGCACUACUGGCCAACAUCAUUCCUUGUGCCCUAGCGGUGAGAUUUGGUACAGCACCCAAUGGGACGGGUGAAGACCGUUGCAGCUCGGAAGACGAGGAGGUUUCAGAAAGACUUUCGUGUGAUAUACCAACCGGAUCCUAUAGUACUGCACGCUACCGUGGUGGACAUAGAACAGAAGACGAGACGGAAUUUGACAGCGAUCCGAAUCAUAUCUCACAGAGGGAGUCCUAUCCAUUGAUGACUAGUCAUUCAGAAUCCUCGACUGACCUAAGUGAGGAGAACAGUACGCUGUCUAACUGCACCACACUAUGGCAUUCAAUUUCUUCUUCUUAG